UCACACCUAAUGGUGCUUCUCAUAGGGUGUGGGUGCAGCAAGCAUCUUCAUGGCGUACGUACACACGCUCCGGAACUCCAGAGAUUUCACUAGUUGAGUAAGAUCAAGCGGGUAACCAUGGCGGAAGGUGGAUUUGACCCCUGUGAAUGUGUUUGCUCUCACGAACAUGCGAUGAGAAGACUGAUCAACCUGCUCCGGCAGUCCCAGUCCUACUGCACCGACACAGAGUGCCUCCGGGAGUUGCCGGGACCCUCCAGUGACAACGGCGUCAGCGUCACUGUGAUCCUGAUGGCCUGGAUGGUGAUUGCAGUGCUCCUGUUCUUACUGAGACCUCCUAAUCUGAGAGGCUCCAGUCUCCCCGGAAAACCCUCCAGGCCUCACAGCGGUCAGGACCCGCCCGCUCCUCCUGUGGACUAACGUGACGUGGGAAGCAGAGUGUUGAACGCUGUGACGACCAAAUGCCUGAAGAUGACCAGAGUACUCUUAACUGUUUUUCCUUUUCCAUCUGCAAUUUGGGAUGGUAUUGUUUUCAUGAGCUUCUAGAAAUUUCACUUGCAAACUGACUUUUGCUUCCUGCGUUGCCACAGUUCUUAUUUACAGUAUACCUGAGUAAAUGAUUCUAUUGGAAAGUUCAAGGACUUCGUUGGUUGGCCUAAGCUUAAACAUUCCCCUCGUUGUCCCUGGAACUGUGAUCAUAAUGUCUGUGGUGGUUUCUGGCCCAAUUGAAGGAAAGUUGAGAUUUCUGCAUUUACGUGUUUUAAGUGAUUUUAAUAGAUUUUCUUUUUUUUUCUUAAGGUAUUUAUUUGGGGUUAUCUGGUAUGAAUGACAGAGCCACACUGUAUUUACUUUACCUUGGCAGUUUUCUGUAGUUCUCGGGACCGUGAAGCUUUUAGAAUAGUUUCCUUACAUCCUCCAGCUGAGCUCUGUGGUACAGCUGGCUUAUGUGGCUAGAAUAGGAAAAGUGAACUGGUUGUUUACUGAUUCUUUUUUUAUUCCCAGUAAAAGUUUCUGAUGUUAAGAAUACUUUAAAUAAACAUGAUUGAUUACUAUAACGGUUGGCUUAGAAUCCGUUGUGUGUCGCUGACAGCCACUGUCCGCUAGCCUUACACACUCAUGAAAGGAAGAGCUGAUUCUCUCUGCCUUUGUCGGUAUACUCCGGCCUGUGCUAACACGGGCUAGAUGGAUUGGCUUGUUUUUUUUUAAGCGAAUGCCUCUCAGCAAGCUUCUCUUCCAUUCCAACACUUGCCUGUUAAAAUGAAACCAUCUUACAUCCGUGUGGGGGUUGACAUUCCAAUGCCUAUUUACUUACUUUCAUACUUUUUUUUAUUUGAAAAAAAUUUUCAGUCUUUUGUUGCCCUUCUGACUUAGGAAGAAAAAAAGCCUUUAAUAUGAGGUCUUAGUUUAUUCCCAGGGAAAGGAGGAAAAUGGCAAACAAUGUUUUUCUCACCUCUCGGCCCGAGUCUGUUGAGUAAUGGGAUAUGGAUGUAUUAGAGUGGGAAGGAGCAUCAGAAAUUGGGAUUUCAAAAUGUACUUAAAAACUAAGAGGUUGCAUUGUUCUCGGUUCAAAAAGCGGUGAAUACAAAUGGCAUUUAAACAUCCAUGGAUGGCCUGGAAUUUUUUUCUAGGAAGUAGCUGCAGAUGACUUGUUGGGGCCAGAACGUAUUUUGCUAUCAAUGUAAAGAUUCCCUUCCCAGAUCAGUCUAGGCUGUCACUGUACAGACCUGAGAAACUGUUUGUGUGAACUAAAUAAACUUGUCCACCAUUGGGCCAUUGACAGGCCUCUGGCCUGGCUCUGUGACGCUGGUUGUUCCCCCAAUGUGGUGGUUACACUCUGGUCCAUUGCACUGUGAAGGGCAUCACUUCGUCCUGUGCUGAUCCUGGCUGCUGACAUCCCUCCCGGCUCACUUGGCUUUGUGCUCAACCCUUGAAGUAACGUAACCACCUUUUAGGUACUUAUCCUUAUAGAAGGGUGACUUAACCCAGGUAAGUUAAAUCCUGAACAAAUGAACACCACAGGGUGAGUGAAGGGUUUCUCUCUUGCUGUGGGUAACCGGAAGUCUUCCCCCUUCAUAGCUGGUAGCCAGUUUAACACAAAAGUCAGAUAUGGCAGCAGUCCUGAGGCCAGACUGUAGACUGUGUAGUGAAUUUCAGGUCAGAUUGGGCUGCAUAGGAACAUCGUGCCUCAUAAGGAAAAAUGGGGUGAGGGACUUAGAAACAAAAUUGGAAUGGCAUCAGAUGGAGGCACAUCUCUGUAGCAUUUCUUUUCCUGUCUCUCCCUUUAACUCUGAAGACCUGCACACAUGCUCCAAUGGUCUAUUCUAACCACUUGAAGCGAGACCCAAUGGAGAGUUGUGUUCACUUGGUUGGCCUCACAGGUAGUGUAGACUUCACCUUGGUUAAAACAGAAAUGGACAGAAUGUGGCUACAGACCACCUAGUGUUAGAGACCUGGAAUGUGCACUCUUGUUCUGGAUGUUCGUUCCGAUCACAUGCACUUGCUGUGUCUAAACAGCUCGGCCUUUUCCUUCGUCAGCCUCUGUUAAGUUAGCACCACAGCCUCGGUUUGUUAGCCCCUCCGAGACAUUACUUUCCAACCUAGAAAAGGCUCAGUUACAUGCUCACCAGAAGGAUGACCACAAUUGAAUAGAAAACACCAAUCCAGACAUUUCAGUGCCUGUUAACAGUUGAGUUUCUUUGAGAAGUACUUGGUCCUGGGUUUUUAUUUUUUAUUCUUUGUUAUUUUGUUUGCUUUGGAAAUUUUUCUAUACUCCUAAAAUGGUGGUAUCCUGCAUAAAAUAUUAUUAUUAACCUCACUAAUAAUUUAUAUUAUUCUCUUCUUGCAGCUUCUACAUGCUUUAAUUGAGCUUAUUCUUAUACCAUUAUUUGGCUUGCAAACACUCACUUGGUCUGAAAGCUCACAUUUCCACCCCUCUUGGCUGUUCAUGCUGUCUAGAAUUCAUUUGAGAGUCUUUUCAUACGAUUAUACAGAUCUAGUAGUUUCAUUUUUCCAUUUUCCACAUGGGAUAGGUUAACAUUUGGGACUUUUUAUUGUAAAAGAUUUGACCAUGUAUCUGAACACUAUUCCAUGGUUAAUAAGUCAUGUUUUACAAUGUGCAGAAGUUCUCCGGAGUAUCCAUUGAGUAUCGCUGUCCCAUGGUUCCAUUAGGUGUCUGUGAUAGUAUUUAUAAACUUACUAAUAUCUUAGAUUUUUAAAGGAAUUGUGGGAGUCUGUCACUUUAAGUGAAAGUUUGUCUCAGUGAUUUUGUGCUAAAGUUUGACCAGCUUGAUUUAAAACACAAGACAGCAACUUGAAGAAGGAAAAAUGAUUUAAAUUCUGUUGUUGCAAUAGAAAAUAGGGACAGUCUUAUAUAUUUCAAUGAAGAAUCCUGAGUAUUCGUUACAUGUCCAAUGAUUAUUUGGUAAAAGCAAAAGUGGUCAUGUGAUGUACUAAAUGUAAUUUGCUGUUUCAAAUGUUUAAAUCAUGCCAAACAAAUCAGUCUGUGCCAUCUAGCAUUUAUUGUUAAUCUUUUACUGAGUACUUGGAUUGGGGUAAAGGGCUUGUACUAUGCACUUUUUAUUAAUGAAUAAAUAGAAAAUGUUAAUAAUG